AUGUUACUCGAGCCAAAAGACUUCCCGCAGAUGUGGCAGAAACCGUCAAGUGACGACAUACUCGGCACACUGAAGCAACUGGAACUCAGCCCCCCGAUCUGGAGUCACAACCGCAGAAGAUCAGACAUUAUCCAUGAGCAGGAGGCAACGUCCUACUUCCGGCGCGAAGUAUCACUGUACCUAUCGUCCAUCAUCAAGAGCGGUCUCUCCUGGAUCAAAAAUGACGAUGAGAAGGAGGGGAUUUGGUCAGAAGCCAGUCGCAGAAUGGCCGAGCGCUGUGGAAGAACAGCCAUGGGCGAGAUUACUCGGCGAUGGCCCUUCCGGGAAGAUGCUCUCACACCGACGUUCGAACUCAUCAUCCGUGAACCACCCCUGACCGGCGACUCGCUCGGCCUCAAGACAUGGGCCUCCUCGUACGUCUUGGCUCAAAGCCUGCCGUCUAUCGGCUCGACUGCUCUCUUCCGUCUCUUCGACGAGUCACUUGGCCAGCCUCGGCCGUCCGUAUUGGAGUUAGGCUCCGGCACGGGCCUGCUCGGAAUCGCGGCGGCGGCACUCUGGAAGGCCCACGUUGUCUUAAGUGACUUGCCAGAUAUUAUGCCGAAUUUGCGGCACAAUAUUGAGACCAACCGGGCUACCGUGGAGAAGCUCGGGGGGUCACUGGACGCGGGAGCCCUCACCUGGGGUGGCUCAGGAGAAGACGAAGUUGACCCAGACUUGUUUGACAAGAAGAACCAGUUCAAGGUCGUCCUCGCCGCUGAUUCGCUCUACGAUGACUGUCACCCAGGCCUCCUAGCCGGCGCUUUUUCCGAACAGCUAUCGACUGAAGAUGACGCGCGCGCCAUCGUAAUGGUCCCUUUGCGAGACGAAACGACGAAACUGCUAUUGGAAUCAUUCAGAGAUGCCAUGGGACGCCAAGAGCUGCCUCUGGUCUGCUUCGAGGAGGGAACUCUCGAUGGUCAAGACGAUUGGGGUGGGGCUGAAGAAGUCAUUAAUGUAACGUGUUGGUGGGGCAUAUUUGCGCGCAAGCACGAAGCACAGCAACUAGCAAGCAUACCUGUGUAG